AUUUCUUCGAGAUGACAUGUCAUCUAGCGACCUACUUUCACUUUGUCUGUUUUUGUAUAUCGUUUUUCUGUGUUUUCCCUACUUAGGCGCUGUCUACCCAAAGUCCAAUGAGUGCAAAAGACUUGACAUUUUCGACAUAAUCCUAAGAGAUAAGUGUCCAUGUACAUCUAUCCUACAGAGUUUUAAAACCUGGAGAUUCGAUCGAAGACAGGUCCUAGCUACUACCUUUCCUCUGGACCCAAUUUUGCAAAACUACGUGAGACAAGUUCCAAAAUGUUUAUUUUCUGCCGUCUACCCAAUUCCUUUUAAGACAGAAACAUCCCUUGUAUCUUAUUCCAAGUCAGUUUUAAAUGAUAUUUUGGAUCUGUCGGACCAUGUAACCACCACAAAAGAAUUUGUAGACUUUGUAAGUGGCUCCCAGGUGUUGUCGAGUUCUGUCCCCUUGUCUCACCGGUAUGGGGGACACCAGUUUGGUUAUUGGGCGGGUCAGCUCGGGGAUGGGAGGGCGGUGAUGCUGGGGGAAUACACAAAUCAGAGAGGAGAGAGAUGGGAACUGCAGCUGAAGGGAUCAGGAGGGACGCCGUAUUCUCGUCAGGGAGAUGGUCGGGCGGUCCUCAGGUCAUCUGUCAGGGAGUUUUUAUGCAGCGAGGCAAUGUUCCACCUUGGUAUACCCACCAGUCGAGCGGCAGCUCUUGUGGUGUCUGACGACCCUGUUAUGCGGGACCAGUUUUAUGACGGACAUCCUCGAGUCGAGAGAGGCGCUGUCAUCCUCAGGUUAGCUUACUCCUGGUUCCGGAUUGGCUCGCUAGAAAUCCUGGCAAAAAAUAAUGAACUUCAGCUUCUUCGUCAGCUUUUAAACUUUGUUAUUGAGAACUACUUUUUACACAUAAAUUCGACAGGCAAGGAUAAGUAUCUGGAGCUUUACAGUAUGAUUGUGUCGGACACAGCUGAGCUGAUCGCGCAGUGGCAGAGCGUAGGAUUCACUCAUGGAGUUUGUAACACUGAUAACUUCAGCCUGCUCUCCAUUACUAUCGAUUACGGCCCCUUUGGGUUCAUGGAGGAUUACAACCCUAAGUUUGUACCGAACUCUUCAGACGAUGAAGGAAGAUACAGUUAUGAAAAACAACCCGAUGUUGGAGUUUUUAAUCUGGAGAAAUUAGGGGAGGCUAUAAAACCUGUACUAACUCAACAGCAGCAGAAACAGUUACCUCAUAUACUGAAAGGCUAUGAGAGCAUUUAUAAAGACAAGUUCAUGAAGCUGUUUAGGCAAAAACUAGGGUUGUAUACAGACAAAGAAGAUGAUGAGAAUUUAUUGGCAGUCUUUAUAAAAAUCAUGGAGGAUACAAAGUCAGAUUUUACCAUGUCCUUUAGAGAACUUGGAGAAAUUGAUCUGUUUGGAUUAAAAACAGAGGCAAUUCCUCAAAAUUACUGGGCUCUAAAUACAAUGGCAGACCAUGAGUGGUUUUGGAAGUGGAUAAUAAUCUACAAAAAAAGAUUAGAACUUGAAGGCACCACAGAAAAAAGUAGGCAGUCCCUCAUGAAUAAAACCAAUCCAAGAUACAUACUGAGGAACUGGAUGGCUCAGGAGGCCAUAGAGAAGGCAGACAGAAAUGACUUUAGUGGGGUCAAUAGACUGCUGGGGGUCCUGGAGCGUCCUAUGGACUUAAACCCAGAGGCUGAGAGGGCGGGGUAUUCCUCCAGACCCCCAGAGUGGUCCAAAUCUCUCAGGGUCAGCUGCUCCUCAUGAUGUGGGGUAAAAACUCAGGGACAUUUAGUCAUACUUUAUUUUGCAGUUAGUUCAUUUGAUAUUACAUGUAUCAUGGUGAAUGUACAUCAUUAAAUGUUCAGAGAUAUAACUAUGGAUGAUGAUCAUUA